CCACGUCGGUCACCAGCGCCGAGAAGUCCUUCACUCUGAAACCACAACAAUUGAAUAGAAGGAAGCGCUGCUCGCUGACUUUUUUCCUCCCACAAAGACUCACUUCCCUUCAGCUCUUCUGUUCUGUUCAUCUGGAGCUGGAGGACGCACGAAAACCGCAGUAGAGAAACAUGGACACCCUGAUUCUGGUUUUAUUGGUGCUGGUGAGCUUCAGCUGUGUGUCCAGCUUCCUCGUCAUGUUGACCACGAAGAGCUUGUGUCUGCAAACCCGAAGUCAGGACGUCAUCCUGGGACCCUGUGAUGUCACUAACCCUGCCCAGCAGUGGGAGUGGCUGGGCGGAGCCAGGCUGAUCCACGUUCAGUCCUCCAGGUGUCUCUGGGCCGAUCCUAGCCCUCACCUGCCGCCCCACGCCCGCCUUGCAAAACUCAGAGACUGCAGCGCAGCACCGGCGUGGAGCUGCCACAACACUGAUGGAGCGUUUGGAUUGGUCGAGACACGCAUGUACCUGAAGAAACAGGGACCAAGGGUGGUGAUCGGAGGAAACCGAUCACAGCUGUCAGAGUGGAGGAAGUACUAUGUCGACUCAGGAGGGAAUCAACUGAUGGCGUCUUUAUGCUCCGAAACAGACACAACUCCUAUCUCCAACAUGUUUUAUUCAUCCACACAUAAACCACUGGGACUCUCCAGCACCGUCUACACCAUCAGAAGUCCUGCCAUGACCGUCACUAAUGAACGAUUAUCAAACACAGUAAAAACCCACAGAACCACCAGGCAGGUCACCGCCUCAGACGUCCACAGCUCAAUAACCAACACAGCUUCAGCAUAUGUGGACGAUAUCACCAAACCUCGAACGGGGAGGUCGUUAACAACAGAUGUCAAUCCUGACAUUUCCACUUCAGUCAAAGAGCUGUCAACUUUAAAUGGCAGCCAUGUUGUCAGUCCAGCUGUAUUCACCACUGACCGAUCUACAGACGUGUCGGAGAGUUCGUCAGCUGGAAAUGUCCCUUGGCUCGGGAACGAAGCCGAGACGCCAUCAGUGCACCAAGAUGUUUCCACCACGUCCUCUUCAACUGGAAAUGAACCUGAGUCAACUGAGACUGAAGCUGUGACGUUGGUUUCCUCCACAGUUUCCUCAGAGACAAACACAAGUGACACGACGGAUCUCCUGGUCACCUCUGAGGUCACUUCUGAUGCUACCGUUGGUUUAUCUGCUGCUUCUGAUACAGAGUCAAGCCAAGAUACAAGUUAUACAACACAUUCAACUACUGACAACAAGACCUACCUUUCACCUGCAUCCACCACACCUACACCUCCUACGACUGCUCAUGUACCUUCAACAGCAGAUAUGAAUUCUACAUCAAUCAUGGAGACAGAUCCACCAUCAAACCCUCAAGCCCGGCAGACAAUUUCUCAAACUUCACCCAUAGUUACCUCGACGCUGCCGACAGUCUCUACAGUUCAUCCAAAAAUCCCAGCAAGCACCAUGACUGAUGGUGCUCCACCGACAUCUCUAACAUCCGGGGAUACAUCUAUAGGAAGGAUCUCCACCUCAACAACUAUCCCACCCACGAGUCCGACAAACACACCUACAACAGCAACCAAACCCACAACCACCCCUGUAACCACACUCAUUACAACCACAACUGAACCUACUACCAGCCCUGUAACUACACCCAUUACAACCACAACUGAACUUACUACCAGCCCUGUAACUACACCCAUUACAACCACAACUGAACCUACUACCAGCCCUGUAACCACACUCAUUACAACCACAACUGAACCUACUACCAGCCCUGUAACCACACCCCUUACAACCACAACUGAACUUACUACCAGCCCUGUAACCACACCCAUUACAACCACAACUGAACCUACUACCAGCCCUGUAACUACACCCAUUACAACCACAACUGAACCUACUACCAGACCUGAAACCACACCCAUUACAACCACAACUGAACCUACUACCAGCCCUGUAACCACACCCAUUACAACCACAACUGGACCUACUACCAGACCUGAAACCACACCCAUUACAACCACAACUGAACCUACUACCAGACCUGAAACCACACCCAUUACAACCACAACUGGACCUACUACCAGACCUGAAACCACACCCAUUACAACCACAACUGGACCUACUACCAGACCUGAAACCACACCCAUUACAACCACAACUGAACCUACUACCAGCCCUGUAACCACACCCAUUACAACCACAACUGAACCUACUACCACACCUGUAACCACACCCCUUACAACCACAACUGAACCUACUACCAGCCCUGUAACCACACCCAAUACAACCACAACUGGACCUACUACCAGACCUGAAACCACACCCAUUACAACCACAACUGAACCUACUACCAGCCCUGUAACCACACCCAUUACAACCACAACUGAACCUACUACCAGCCCUGUAACCACACCCAUUACAACCACAACUGAACCUACUACCACACCUGUAACCACACCCCUUACAACCACAACUGAACCUACUACCAGCCCUGUAACCACACCCAAUACAACCACAACUGGACCUACUACCAGACCUGAAACCACACCCAUUACAACCACAACUGAACCUACUACCAGCCCUGUAACCACACCCAUUACAACCACAACUGAACCUACUACCAGCCCUGUAACCACACCCAUUACAACCACAACCAAACCCACAACCACUCCUGUAACAACAUCCAUUACAACCACAACCAAGCCCACUACCAGCCCUGUAACCACCUCUAUUACAACCACAACCAAACCCCCAACCAGCCCUGUAACAAUACCCAUUACAACCACAACCGAACCCACAACCACCUCUGUAACAACAUCCAUUACAACUACAACCAAGCCCACUACCAGCCCUGUAACCACCUCUAUUACAACCACACCCAAACCCACUACCAUCUCUGUCACCGAACCUGCAACUACAUCCACUACAACACGUACAAUCACAGCGACCACAACCAUCAGAACCACACCCAUUGCAACAACUAUCCAAACCACACCACCCAUCACUCCAACUACCACCACAACAAGCACAACAACACCUGCAGCUACAACAACCAGAACAACUGCAGCUCCUCCACCGACUACUUCUACACUUCAAGCCACAACCUCAGGAUUAACCACUGUUACACCUGUCCGGUCCCGCUGCUCCGUAAACUUCACAAAAAUCAGCUCUGGCUCCGAUUCCGCUGUGGUGAAGUUCACCACCGCCGGGCUCUCCUGUAACUUCACCCUGUUUGCUGGUGAGGACUCCCGGGCUGUUCCCACCGAGUGUGACCCGGAUGGGGAGUCCAGAAACACCUUCACCUGUCAGAUCCUGGGUCUGGAACCCGGGACUUUGUACCGUUUAACUGUGAUUUCCAAGAAGGAUGGAGAGAGGAGCAACGCGUCAGUGCGCACAGACCCGGUCGGUCCGGCUCAGCUGGACGUGGACCAGACCCAAUUUAAAAGCCAGUCUGUGGUCCCCGGUGGUUCUUCAGGUCUGCGGGUGUUGUGGUCUCGUUCUGCUGGUCAUGUGGACUGGUAUGAUCUGACUCUGGAGGACGCUGGCUCCGGAUUCACCCGCAGCACCAGGAUUAUGGACUCUGCGGCCCCCCAGUCUGGUUUCAGCGCCCUGACCCCCGGCACCCUUUACACCGUCAGUGUGGUGGCAACAGCCGGAAACAAGAGCGCUAAACCCGUCCACCGCUCAGCCGCUACAGCUCCGUCGCCUGUCCGCCGCCUCCAGGUGGCGUCCUCCUCCACGGACAGCCUCAGUGUUUCCUGGCAGGUCGGUCCGGGCAGAGCCGAGCGCUUCAGGGUUCUGCUGACGGAUCGGGACGGGGUUCUGUUGAAGAACGUCACUCUACAAACCACCGCCACCUCCGCUGAGCUGGACGGCCUGCAGCCUGGGACGCCGUACACCGUCACCGUGGUAACAGAGGCUGUCGGCCUGCAGAGCUCCGCCUCCACACAGGCUGUCACAGUCCCAGCAGCUGUGUCCGAUCUGAGGCUGGACAACAACGGCAGCUCAGAGAGUCUGCAGGCCUCCUGGGUGUCUCCUGAAGGGGGUGUGGACGUCUUCCUGGUGACCCUGUCGGCUCCGGGAUCGGCCGCCCAGGAGCGCCGCCUCCCUCCCAACAUCACCCAUGUGCUCUUUGAGAGUCUGACCCCAGGUCGCAGCUACCAGCUGUGUGUCAGGACCACAGCUGGAGGCCAGAGUUCAGAGACCAGGACCAGCGGCAGGACAGUCCCUCAGCCGGUGACGGCUCUCUCCAUGUCGCUGCUCAGUGACGGCAGGACUCUGAGGCUCAGCUGGUCGCCCCCCAGAGGUCACUGGGAGAGCUACAGCGUCCUGCUGAGGAACGGGUCGGAGGUUCUGGUGAACCAGACCAUCAGUCAGCUGAGCAGACAGCACGCGUUCUCCGUCCUCAGCCUGGGCCUGGUGCCGGGACGACUCUACGGGGCAGAGGUCACGGUUCGCAGCGGCAUUCUGGGUAACACGGCGCGCUGCUACGGACGACUGGCGCCUGGUCCCGUGCAGCAGCUGCUCGUCCGUCACGUUGAUGAAACGACUCUGAGCGUCCUGUGGAAUCGACCGGUCGGCGAGUGGGACGGCUUCACCGUGGCCCUCAGACAGAUGGACGCCGCCGCCGUGGUGGCUCAGAGGAUCCUCCCCUGGGAGGCCAGAGAGUGCACCUUCAACAUCCUCACCUCAGGACGCCUGUACGUCGUCACCGUGACGACCAACAGCGGCAACCUGACGAGCUCUGCCUCUGUGACUGCACGGACCGCUCCGGCUCAGGUCACCGGGCUGCAGGUUUCUAACGGCGGCAGCACCGACAGCCUGCAGGCGCAGUGGGAACGAGCCUCCGGAGAUCUGGACUCUUACCGAGUCCUGCUGGUCCACGACAGCAGCAUCAUCAAGAACCAGAGCGUGGAGGCCGACGCCACCGGCAUCACCUUCCACGCUCUGAGACCCGGAGCCCUCUACAGGGUGGUGUUAACCACCGUCAGAGCCGGACAGACCUCCAGGCAGACUGUAGCAGAGGGACGCACAGUCCCGGCUGCAGUGGGCGAGGUGACGGUCAGUAACAACGGUCGAAUGGACUUCCUCAGCGUGUCGUGGCGUCCGGCUCCCGGUGAGGUGGACAGUUACCUGGUGACGCUGAGCGACCGCGAGAAGACGCUUCACACCGUCUCUGUGUCCAAAUCCAGCCCAGAGUGUGUGUUUAACUCUCUGGUGUCCGGACGACUCUACAACAUCUCCAUCACCUCCCGCAGCGGCCUCCACCAGAACCACACCUUCGUCCAGGAGAGAACACAGCCGUCGAAGGUCCAGAACCCGACGGCGACCCACGCUGCUCGGGACGACUACCUGAAGGUGUACUGGCGUCACGCCGCCGGAGACUUUGACUUCUACCAGGUGUUCAUCAAACACAACAACAUGUUGCUGCAGAACAAGACGGUUCUGAAGACGCAGAACGAGUGUGUGUUUAGCGGCCUGGUGCCCGGCAGACUCUACACGGUGCUGGUGAGCACCUGGAGCGGGAAAUACGAAACCAGCGCCUCUACUGACGGCAGGACCUUUCCAGCGCCGGUCCAGUCUCUGGUUCUGGCUGGUCAGGGUACUGAGGACCUGCGGGUGACGUGGUCUGCCGCCCCAGGUGACGUGGAUCACUACGAGGUGCAGCUGCUGUUCAACGACAUGAAGGUGUUUCCUCCAGUCACUCUGGGCAGCGGCGUGGGAGAGUGUGUCCUGUCGUCGCUCACGCCUGGACGGCUCUACAAGAUCCUGGUCUCCACCUUCAGUGGCCCCAACCAGAGGGCCCAGUUCAUAGAGGGCCGCACAGUUCCCAGUAAAGUGAAGAACAUCCACGUCAGUAACAGCGGAGACAGCAGCAGUCUGAAGGUGAGCUGGACUCCCGGUCAGGGCGAUGUGGACGGAUACUCGGUCUUUCUGUACAGACAGGACAGACAGCUGGACGUCCGACCCGUCUCCAAACACCAGAACGAGGUGACGUUCGGUUCCCUGCAGCCUGGACAGAUGUACAGUGUCACGGUUCAGUCUCUCAGUGGAGAGCUGCUGAACAACAACACGGCCGCCGGACGCACAGUGCCCUCAGCUGUCUCGGGUCUCCAGCUGGAGGACCUGCACUCCACCUGCAGCCUGCAGGUGAGCUGGCAGGAGGCUCUGGGUGUGUCCGAUGGAUACGUCCUUCAGCUUCUAGAUGAAAGAGGCAGCCUGGUCACAAACUCCUCUCAGCCCUCCGGACACACCAGGUACAGGUUUGACGGCCUCAUUCCGGGCAAGAAGUACCGGGUCCUGGUACAGACCACCAGCGGGGGGGUCCACAGCCUGGGAGUCAGCUUAGAGGCUCGGACACGUCCUGCAGCCGUCACUGAUCUGUCCAUUAAAGCCAACACCACCACCAGUCUGUCCUUCCACUGGUCUCCACCAGAGGGAGACUUUGAGCUGUAUGAGAUCUUCUUGUAUAAAAGUGACGACUCGCUGCAGGAGAGUCCACGCAGCCAGUCCAGCAGUCAGCAGUGCUCCUUCCAGGACCUCAGACCUGGAGCUCCGUACCGGAUGGUGGUGGUGACCCACAGCGGGGAGCAGAGCAACCAGUCAUCCAUCUGGGGAAGGACAGUCCCAGCAGCUGUGGCGUCUCUGAAGGCUCAGAGUGGAAACGAGUCUGAUGCUCUGCGGGUGACCUGGGAUCGGGGCAGUGGCGAUGUGAGCGGAUACCUGCUGACUCUCUACAACCCCGACGGCUCUCAGCGGGCCAGGCAGCAGCUGGGGUCAGAGGUCACCGAGUUCGUCUUCUCAGACCUGGUACCUGGUCGACUGUACGGGGCCGAGGUGCUGAGCCUCAGCGGGGAGCUGAGCAACAAAGCCACCGCCGUGGGCAGGACCGCUCCCAGACCUCCAACCUCCUUCCUGUUCAGGGGGGUCACCAACACCUCCCUGGAGCUCACCUGGAGCGGCCCCGUCGACUCCGACUAUGACGACUUUGAACUCCAGUGGACUCCUCUGGACCGGCUCUCCGUCAUCAACCCGUACCACAGCAGAACCUCCGGCAGCCGCAUCCUGAGAGGGAUGUUCCCCGGACGCCUGUACACCUUCAGCCUCCGCAGCGUCAGCGGGGCCACGGAGGCCGGGGCCACACCGACCUACAGCACACCCAUUCACAACAGCAUCCGGACCAAGCCGGAGCGAGUCCACAACCUCCACUGUCGCCCUCAGAGCUCCACCUCCAUUUCCUGCUCCUGGGGGCCCCCGGAGGCCGACUACGACUCCUACACCAUCGAGUGUCUCAAUCAGGACUCCCAGAUCCUGGUCUACUCCCGACGCACCGGCCGAGAUUCCACCACCUACCUCAUCAACCAGCUGGAGCCCCACAAACGCUACACGGUCUCUGUGAAGGCGAUCUCGGAUCAGACGACCAGCGAGGAGGCUCAGGACAGCGUGGUCACCAUGAUCGACCGUCCUCCGGUGCCCCCCAUCAGUAUCCGGGUCAGUGACCGGUCUGCUGUGGUCACCAAGUCCUCCAUCUUCUUCAAGUUUAACUGCAGUUGGUUCAGUGACGUCAACGGAGCCGUUAAAUUCUUCACUGUGGUGGUGACGGAGUCUGAAGAGUCUGCUGACGUGCAGCCGGAGCAGCAGCACCCUCUGCCCUCCUACCUGGACUAUAAAUCCAACAGCUCCGUUAAAUCCUACCAGACCAGUUACUUCCCCAGUCACUGCGCCGAGGGCCCCGACAGCAGCUCCCACAGCUUUGAGCUGAGCGUGGGGACGGGGAUGGACUCGCUGGGAGGCUCCUGUGACCGCAGAGACUCAGACCUGGAUCCAGAGACCAACAGAGACCUGAACCAGUUCUGUGACGGACCACUGAAACCCAAAACUGCCUACAGGCUCAGUGUUCGAGCUUUCACUCAGCUGUUAGAUGAAGAGAACAGCGACAACAGCGCCAGGUCUCCGCUCUUCACCGACACGUACCUGUCGCUACCUGUGCUCACCGAGGCUGAGCCUCUGAGCGGCGUGAUCGAAGGCGUUAGUGCCGGCAUGUUCCUCAUCGUCAUAAUGGUGGGAGUCACCGCUCUGCUCGUCUGCAGGCAAAAGGCUCGCAAAGUGGUCGAGGAGAGAGCGACUGUUAGGAUGAGUGUGAGGAGAGAGAGACCAGCACCAGGAGUUCAUGUGGGGGGCAGAGGCAACCGUCGAAUCUCCAGUCCCAUCAAGGUCCUGAACUUUGAGUGUCACUACAACAAACUGCAGGCCGACUCCAACUACCUGCUGUCAGACGAGUACGAGGACCUGAAGGACGUCGGUCGUAAUCAGCCGCUGGACUCGGCUCUGCUGCCGGAGAACCGCGGCAAGAACCGGUACAACAACAUCCUGCCCUACGACUCAACGAGGGUGAAGCUGUCCUACGUGGAUGAUGAUCCGUGCUCUGACUACAUCAACGCCAGCUACAUCCCUGGGAAUAACUUCCGUCGGGAGUACAUCGCCACACAGGGUCCUCUGCCAGGAACUAAAGAUGAUUUCUGGAAGAUGGUUUGGGAGCAGAACGUCCACAACAUCGUGAUGGUGACUCAGUGUGUGGAGAAAGGCAGGGUGAAGUGUGACCACUACUGGCCGUUUGAUCAGGACCCUCUGUACUACGGAGACUUGAUCGUCCAGAUGCUGUCAGAGUCUGUUCUUCCUGAGUGGACUAUACGAGAGUUCAACAUCUGCAGUGAGGAGCAGCUGCGCUUCACUCGGCUGGUCCGUCAGUUUCACUACACAGUGUGGCCGGAUCACGGGGUCCCAGACACCACUCAGUCCCUCAUCCAGUUUGUCCGGACCGUCCGGGACUAUGUCAACAGAAGUCCUGGAUCUGGACCCACCGUGGUCCACUGCAGUGCUGGUGUGGGCCGUACAGGGACCUUCAUCGUUCUGGAUCGAGUGCUGCAGCAGCUGGACACCAAGGACACGCUGGACAUCUACGGCUCCGUCUUUGACUUGCGACUCCACCGAUCACACAUGGUGCAAACUGAGUGUCAGUAUGCGUACCUCCAUCAGUGUGUUCGUGAUGUUUUGAGAGCCAGGAAGCUCCGCAGUGAGCAGGAGAACCUCCUCUAUCCUGUCUAUGAAAAUGUGAACUUCAACUCCCAAAGAGAGAUGCUGUGCGCCAGACGUUAAAGAUUGUUAUGACUACUGAGCGAUAUGUUGAGCACUACAGGGAAACAUGGCAAUUCUAUUUUUUUUACAUUAUUAAUGUGUAUAGAAUGUUUAUAGAAAAAACUUUAUUACUAACAACUAUUAUUUAUGUAACAUACAGAAUUAAUGACAACAGAACUGUACAUAUACUUCCAUCCUAUCUGUGUGUAUUUGUAUAUAUUUUAUCAAACAUUUCUAUAAUGGAUGCUUUUUAAAUUGUGUGUUUGUGUUUUAUAAGCUAUAAUAUUUGCACAUUACAGUUAAACAAAUCAUACAAACCAAAGUCUUUCACAUGCUUUUCCAAACUCUGUGUGAUGCUGAAGGAUUUUAGUUUCCAGUAUGUUUUUUUCUUUAUGUUUCUGUCAAGACAAACUGCAUCAUGUUGCCAACAAUAGUGAGACUCUGUCGUGGUUCACAAUGAAUGGAUGGAUUACUGAACGGGCCCCUACAUGGCACCAGGGGCCCCGAGGCGUCAAGUAUGAGUGGACUGUUAUAAACUUCACAGAGCUCAGUCCUGCAUUAAACGUUAGUGUAGUUUCAAACUGCGUCCUCCACACUGAACAUGAUCACCUUCAUGAAGGAGGAUUUAUUACUAGACUGCUGGACUAGACUGAUUUAGUUUGAUGGUUCCUGAGUAGUGUCUGCUGGCGUCCUCUCAAGGCUUAACCCUGAGUAGUGUCUGCAGGCGUCUUCUCUGGACGUAGCCCUGAGUAGUGUCUGCAGGCGUUCUCUCUGGCCCUAGCCCUGAGUAGUGUCUGCAGGCGUCCUCUCUGGCCGUAGCCCUGAGUAGUGUCUGCAGGCGUCCUCUCUGGCCGUAGCCCUGAGUAGUGUCUGCAGGCGUCCACUCAGGCCAAAGCCCUGAGUAGUGUCUGCAGGCAUCAUUCAUUUAGACAGAUAUGACAACAUGUCCUGUUUUGACCAUGUCCUGCAGGAAGUUGUUUCUUUAUAACUGUGCAUUUUUGGAUUAUCAAAUGCAUUUAAUAACUUUUGAUCAUUAGUGACCAUAGAGUCUGUGUGCACAAAUUGGUGUAGAUCGGACUCUCUGUUUAGGAGGAGUUAAAAAAAUGCCUUCGGGCUUGGACCCCUAAAAACAACUCUGUUCUGCUCAUUAACCUAUAUCUGGAUGUUGGCAGCUGGACAAUCAGAGGACACUUUAAAAUAGAUAUUACUGAGUAAAUUUACCUUAAACUAUAAAAAUGAGAUGGACAAAAAUAACUUUCAGAAAAUUUUAUUCCCGCCUGGAAACGACAUUCUUGAGUUUAGUUAACCUGCACAAUGUUUCAGGGAAUUCUGUGAAUGUACCGAGGGGCCUGUUGUUUAGUAAUCCAUCCAGUCAUAAUGUUUUCACUGUGCAAAUAAAAGCUUAAAGCUCCUGAAAAAUUGGUUUCAAACUUGGAGAAAUGUCUCUAACACCAAAUGUUCAUGAGGAUAUACAGUAAGCAAAAAUCACAGCUGAAGUUUGGAAAAAACAUCCAUAGGUUUUAUUUAUUAAGAGUUUCAAAACUCACAGGUGAUUUUUUGAUCAGAAGAGAUAAAAACAGCACCGACUGAAAUAUCUCUUGUGAAAUAACUCAAAAAUUGUGUAGAACUCAGUCACGCAUGAGAGGCUGAUUAAGAAAAUGUGUUUUCAGGGCUUUAAAUUUGCAUCUUGUAUCAGUGAAAUAUGUUUUUAAUCCUAAAUGUGUGCAAGAUAUCAUCUGAGCAUUAUGUUUUACCACGACCUGAACUGUUCUUCAUGGUGUUAGAGCAUACUGUAUGUGAGAACAGUUAAUUAAACACAACAGAGAAUGUAGAAAUAUUAUGACUAUUCAUGCAUUAUCGACGCCAACCUGCUCCAACACGACUGUAAACUCACUGUGAUGGAAUCCUUCAUGUCAAUAAUCAGAUUUAUGUCUCUGUGAGCGUUCAAUCUUUGGCUCCGUGUGCAUUACUCUGUGUAUGACGCAUAUUUGUGGGUGUUUGAAUAAAACAAGUAAUUAUGUA